AUGCGCGCCAGUUUGGAUAAUAUCCUGCCCUUGGACCCCGCGAGCACUUCCACUUCCUCGCCUUCCAGUACGGAGCCAGGUGAUCUGCUGUCUGUGCUAUACUACGCGACCUGGCGCGAUUUAGUAGACGACUGUUACAGAACAACUCCUUUGUUGCCUGAGGACAGCUCAGGCUCGCUCCCCCCUGCACUCCAAGAAUCUCAAUUGUCGCAUUCAGUUCGUAUUCAGCUUCUGCAAGACAGCCAGAACGCUCUAGAUCUGCUGUUUGAGGAUGCUAAGACAGACAACCAGUGCAUGGGCAGAGGAUUUUCCAUACCACCUUAUUCGCCGCGGGGCUACCUCGCGCCCCCGCCGGACGACGUCCCCCUUUCACCGGAGGGCUACAUCAAUGAGCCACCUAUCCAGUUCUUGUUGCCGGCCUGCCACUGCCUUCCACACCCACCGAGCUAUCUCGCUUUUACGUUGCAGUUCUACCACAGUAACUUUGGGUUGUCGUAUUCCACGACUGCCGUGGAGCCGCACGGUGGCCUUGACAAUGAUUGGACACCCCCGAGUUCGCCGAGUUGCAGCCUCGACGCAUUCGUGCCAAGCGCUGGUCCCUAUCCAUCUCGCAUACCCUCACUCCCAAACACGUCAUUCAACAGUCGUUCGUGCGCACCUACUGAGGAUGGAUAA